GUGAGCUACACUGAGGGAAAAAUCCCGUUGCGAAAUCAAGCACGUAUGUUGUCAUUUUCGCAACGACCCGUUGUUAUAUUUUUCAACAACGGCUGUUGGUGAAUUGUGCACGAACGUGCUCAAAUUGACACCGAGACGUGGUCAACUUUCGGUACCAACAACAGCCGUGCUUAAUUUGUCCAUUUGUAAUAUUGGUAAUUGCAGCCGAUUACACACGAGUAAAAAAUGACAACGGUGGUGCAUGAUUCACACACGGUCGUUGUCAAUAUGACACCGGUCGUGUAUGAAUUAUGCACCACCACCUGCAUAAUGAUGCACCACCGUUGUUACUUUGUACACCGACGUGCAUGAAUCGUACACGAUCGUUGCCAUUUUAGCAACUACCGUGUAUGAAUCAUGCACCACCGUUGUCAUUUUUUUUACUCGUGUGCAAUCGGCUGCAUAUUUACCAUUUUUUCCGUGUUAUUGAAAGAGAAAGGACGCAUUGUGCAAAAAAUUUAUUGAAAAUGAAUAAUAAUUCGCAAGAUCCUCAAAAUAUCAUUGGUGAGUUGUUAGAAAUCGAUGGCAAUAUUGUUGUGGUUCGCGAUACAAACCAUUGCAGCAGUCAAGAUGCGGAAAACAAUGAGGACGAUUAUAUGUUAAGGGAGUUCUUAAAAGGAAUAAAUAUGGAGUCGCUUUUUGAACAAUUAAAAGCAUCACAUGUAACAUUUCGCAGCUUGCAGUACUUGAAAAAAGAAGAUUUAAAGGAAGCAGUGCCACCAUUGGGACUGCGUGUUGAAUUCAGAGAAAAGCUCUUUGCUUGGAAAAAACGAAAGCUCGGGAUUGAUGACGAAACUAUGUCAGUUCCAUCUAAAAUAGGUGAAUGGUGGAAACGCAACGAGACACCUGCAAGUACUCCUGGUACUCCCGACACUACAGGUUCGAACUGCUCAAAAGCCAAAGGAAUUUUGUCAGAGGUAAGGUAAGAGUAAUAUUUGUGUAAGCAUAGUUAAUGUAGUUUUUUUAUUUAAUAUAGGAUCUAACGGAAUUGUUAACACAUACCUCGAAGGGGAAACUAGCGCUUGAAUGUAGUAGCGUUAAUAAGAAAUUAAGUGACGAGCAAAGAGAUGAUAUAAUUAAUAUAAUUAUUGAAGAUAUUUUAACCAACAAUGUUACUCUUUACACUCAAGACUAUAUGCGCAUAUUGGAUGAAAUUUGUUCCGUUUUUCCUCUUGAAAACGAAAUGAGGGAUUAUUAUUACAUUUCAAGAAAAGGAAAGAACAACGCAAGCGGAAAACUUUAUGCCAAGUAUAGAAACAAGAAGUCCAAAAGAAUAAAGCUUUUGAUUUCCGAGCCUAGCACAAGCAAAGCAGCAACUCACACAUCUCCUAAUUUUUGUAACAAAGAUGUUCCCGAAAUUGAUGAAUCAGUUGAAAAUUCAUUGAAAGCUUCCUUACUAAGAGAAUGUAAUGAUUGGGGAUCGAUCUGCGAAAAAUGGAAAAGAUCUUUUAACAUACGGCAAAGAGAUAUAAAAAAUUUAAGUAGCCAUACAUUUCUCCUUGAAUGGACGAAGUUGUCCGAUGCAAGAGCUUCAGA